AUCCCUUCUCUCAUUAUCAACAUCUAGUUAUACAUGUCAGUAUUGUGCUGUGCCCUUUCACAUUUUGUACGAUUGAAUUGCAAAUUUCCGAUAAUUCUAUUGAAUAAAAUAAAAUAUACUGCAAACAUGGGUAAAAAGUCAGCACUUUUGUUAAUAGCUGAUGGCUCUGAAGAAAUGGAAGCCGUAAUAACAACGGAUGUCUUACGUCGAGCUGGAGUUGAUGUUACUAUUGCUGGUCUUACUGAGAGCUCAUGUGUCAAAUGCAGCCGUGAUGUGAAAAUAUGUGUUGAUGCAAAACUUCAAGAUGCAAUUAAUCAAAAAUAUGAUGUUGUAAUAUUGCCUGGCGGUUUAGGUGGUUCAAAGGCAUUUGCAGAUUCUGCAGAAGUAGGAAAGUUGCUACAACAACAAGAACAAGAAAACAGACUUAUUGCUGCUAUUUGUGCUGCACCAACUGCAUUAAAGGCUCAUGGUAUUGCAAAAGGAAAACAAGUCACAUCAUAUCCUGCAAUGAAAGAUCAAUUGACAGAUUAUUAUAAAUAUUUGGAAGAUAAAGUUGUAACUGAUGGUAAUUUGAUUACUAGCAGAGGCCCAGCAACUGCAUUUGCUUUUGGCUUAGUUAUUGCUGAAAAAUUGAUUGACAAAGAAACAGCAGAUAAUGUAGCAAAAGCUAUGUUGUAUACAGAGUAAAAAUCAAUUUAACCCUUGCAUAAGCGUGUUAUGUAUAUUAUAUGCAUAUGUUAUUCAUAAUGGAUAAUAAAUAAUAAUAAUAAAUUAAUAUAUAUUGUAA